AUGCAGCAUAACGUCACCAAAGGUCAACUCGACCUACUCUUGUUGCACAAGAAUUUUUACGCUCGUGGCAUGUUUAAUGUUAGGUCGUUCAGAAUCCUUUGUAGUGAGCUCUUAAAGACGCAUGACAAGGCCAUCGACCGCGCAACGCGAGGAAAGCCCAGCGCCAAGAAAAAGUUUCAUACGUCGAUGCAACCACGCAAAGCAGCUACUCAGUCGCGGGGGUGUAUGCUGUGGCAACUUGGUCUUAUCAAGACAACAAUCGGUAAUUAA